GCUGUCAAACAGAAUAUGUUAACCGAGUGUAAGUGUCAUGGCGUUUCGGGCUCUUGCACCAUCCGUACUUGUUGGAAGACUCUGCCAUCAUUCACCCAAGUCGGAGACUUUUUGAUGGAAAAAUAUCGUAGGGCGAAAAGAGCAUUUCCUUUCUGGGGCAACCAAAAGGGGCUGUCAACUCCUUCCCACCUCCGUGUUCGCCGAUCCAAGUUACCCAAUUCGAAACCAAUAUCUAAGAAUCUUGUUUAUUUAGAACGUUCACCAAACUACUGCGACCUAGACUUGUCCCUUGGAUCCCCUGGCACCAGGGGGCGGCGCUGCAAUCGGACUUCCAACGGGAUCGACGGCUGCGCCCUAAUGUGCUGUGGUCGAGGUUAUAACACCCAUCAGCUCACACAAAGCUGGCAGUGCAACUGUAAAUUCCAAUGGUGUUGUGACGUGAAAUGCAAUAUGUGUAAAGACAAAUUAGAGGCUUACACGUGCAAGUAG